AUGUUUAGGGGAAUUUAUAAAGGUUCAUUACCUCCAAUUGAUCCAAGUUCAAUUCAUCAUGGUGAGAGUUUAGCAGAUCAAUUACAAGAUAAAGAUUAUUAUUCUGUUGGAUGGAAUCAAUAUUUUGACCAAUCAAGAGAUAUUAAAUUACCAGGUACAGAGAAUACAUUUAGGAUCUAUGAAAGUAAUGUUGAUGUUGUAGAUAAUGGUUAUUUAUUUGUAUUUUUACAUGGUGGUGGUUAUACUUCAUUAUCUUGGAGUUUAGUAGUUGAUAAAAUUAAAAAAAAAAAUUUAGAAAAAAAAGUUAGAAUGAUGUGUUAUGAUUGUAGAGGUCAUGGUGAAACUAAAACAAGUGAUGAUUCAAAUUUAUCUAUUGAAACAAUGGUUGAUGAUUGUGCAAAUUUAAUAAAUUAUUAUCAAGAUAUUAUUUAUAAAAAUGAAGGUGGUGGUGGUGGUAAUGAUGACGAUGAUCAAAAAGAAAGAUUAAAAGUAAUUAUUGUUGGUCAUAGUAUGGGUGGUUCAGUUGUAAUUAAAACUAGUUCAACCAAUAGAAUUAAUAAUUUAUUUGGUUUAAUUGUUAUUGAUGUUGUUGAAGGUACUGCUUUGUUAGCUUUAUCAAGUAUGAAAUCUAUUUUAGCAAAGAGACCAAAAUCAUUCGAUUCUGUUAAAGAUGCUAUUAAAUGGUCCAUUUCAAGUAAUACUGUAAAGAAUAUUGAAUCUGCAAGAGUUAGUUUAUAUUUUAUUAAUAAUUUUUUUUUUUUUUUUUUAACAGAUUGGUUUUCAGGAUUAUCAAAAGAAUUUUUGUCAAGCAUGGCAUUAAAAUUAUUAAUUUUGGCUGGUACUGAUAGAUUAGAUAGAGAAUUAACUAUUGCUCAAAUGCAAGGAAAAUUCCAAUUAAUUUUAUUACCAUUGUGUGGACAUGUUAUUCAAGAAGAUGUACCAACAGGACCCAAAAUCAACAUCUGA